CAGCUUCCACGGCUCUGCUUGUGUAAGCCUAUAUGGGAAUAUAGGUAAGCUAUAGUAAUGCGUUAGGUGGGUACGCUCGCGUGACACAGCAGAGUUCCUCGAACUUCGCUUUAUUCAACAAUAUCCCACUUUGACUAUGGUAGGACCUGGUCACUCCCUUCCCCUUUUUCUGAAAUUCGUCACGUACCUGGAUACUUCCGUCUUCUUCUAAUGUCUCUAUGCCCGCCUAUGUUCAAAACGGCAUUACACCUGACGCAGGUUCUUGAACAGCCAGCGCAUCAGUGUCGUCUCCUUCCUUCAUUUCUGCGAAUACGGCGUUCCCUUACAAUCGCCCAAAGCUAUUCUCACCGAUAAAUCAAGACUUUGGACCCGGAGCGCAAAAACGCAACGUUUAUAUACAACCCUGUAGCACAAUCUUGUGCGCAGAAGUUUAAACCCGGCUGUUGACUGGUAGCAGGGGGCGUUGCUCGUUCAAGAACCAUCCCUUGCCAUUCUACCUCUUGGUUCAAAUCAUGGCGCGCGGUCCGUCUACGUCAUCUAGCUGUGGCGCCCUCUGUGAGACGUUCGCAAAAGACUCACCGUUGGCGGCAGAGUAGGGACGGGGCUCGACCGGGGUAGCUAUUGGCUAAGAUCAUCACGGUGAACUUACCGCUAGGGCCAGCAAACAGGGGCGAGCAGGCAGUUGGUUAGUCUUCGAUCUGUGCCGCUGUUGUAGAAUUGACGGGGUCGUGUGUCAGGCGCCAACUAUUUAAAUCGGCUCUAUACAGCAAGCAGCUCAAUAUCGUUGGAUGACUAGUGCUGCCACAACAGGCGUUUGCGGCUUCUAAAAACGGUGAUAGCCAGCUGUCCGCAGAGCAGAAAUGUGCUGGUAGUGGCUAGUAGUUGUUGAUUGGCUAUGUCUGCAGGACACGAAUUUCUUGAGAAGCUGGAAACUGUAGAAGCAGAGAUCAAGGUCGAAUCCGUCAGAAUGGCCGCCAUACAGGAGAAGCUUCCAGACGAAAACAGAGAGGAGAUCUCGUCCCGCAUUGACAUGGCAAUUGGCUCAGCAAAUCUAAUUCUGGCAGGCAAAUGUAAGCAGUUCCGCGAUCUGUGUCAGAAGAAUAUUAACGAAAAUUCCGGAAUUCCGACCGAGUCCGUCGAUGGCACGAAGAGCGGAAGCUCUGAGUUUCCUACCAGACGAGAGGAUCUCGAAGGCUUUUGGGAAAUGAUUUCAAUGCCUAUCCAAAAAGUGCGCGACGGUUUUGCUUCAAUCGAGAGGCUAAAGGAGAACGGCUGGAAGGAGAAUGAAGAUACGAAGCCGCAAGUCAAGAAGACGAUAUCCACGGUAGGGCCAAAGUGUCAGGGAUUCCGGAAGAAGCCUUUGGCCUCAAAGAACGACAACAAUAAUACCCCUAGCCAGGCUGAUAUUGACCGACGCGAGAAGGCUGCUCGUCAGAAGGAAGAGGCCCGCCAACGAUUUCUGGAAUACAAGAAAGAAAAAGCGGCCGCCCGUGAUAAGAUAUCCUCGCAAAAUGACGACGACGACACGGAUGUUGUACGGUCCGAGUAGAUGACUGAUGCAGUCGACGGUGUAACGAUGACCGCACGUAAAUUCAUCAUAUAUCCCCAUAGAGCGAAGCCUACAUAGUACAUAUGAGCAAUACCUCGGAUAUAUGGCAAUAAUUUAUAUCGUGCUCUCUGAAUUGAAAAAUUUCUCAGAAUAUAUACUGUGAUGUGAUAUUAGCCGGCAGACCCCGUGGGAUAAAGCUGCCAUUUUGCCGAAAAUUUACAUAUAUUAUGAUCCAAAUCACUUUUCAUAAAAUAUAAUAGCGAUAAUCUCUGUCGAACGUUAGCGCGGCGAUCAAAAACGUAGUUCAUAAUAAACUUACGAUUUUGAUCUCUACGCUGGACAACCUCAGCGAAACGAAGUCAACGGGAAGCAAUGCUAGAUCAAUUAAGUAUCCUGAAGGAAAACAGCAAGACGAGCAGAAAAAUCAUCGGUAACCAGUUCUUGUUAGUGAAAAGGAUGCUCAUUAUUAUACAUAUAUAAUUAUUUAUAACUAAUAUAUUAGUUGUAAAUAGUUAUAUACUAUCUGUAUAUAUAUAUAUAUAUAUAUAUAUAUAUACGGAUAAUGAUAUCACUGUAGUAACUUCGAUGAGAUAUUUAGAGGUUACAACGAUGUAGGAAUUACUGCUGAGAUCAAUAUGAGAUUAUACUAGACGUAUGUCAACACUCGUCGGUUACUAAUUGAAGACUAUUAUUGGAAAUACCUUACCAUGUACUUCUUCGUGCUUGUCCUCCUUAAGUAAAAUGGUUCACAGAGCACCCCAUAAUAAAGUCCCGUUCUUGCAUUUCCAGAAAAACAAAAGGGUUUUGCCCACUCCUGUGGCUAGCUUGCAAUAAAUUGUGUUUUUUGCUUAACAGUUUUUAUUUUUCUCUGGUCUUUGGGGCAGAAACAAUCUUUCUUCUUCGAUACAACAGCGUCUUAAAUGCAGUGUGUUUACAAGUAGCACUUUCAAAUAAAUAACUGAGGUCUAUGGAAGAAGUCAUCACUUUAAUUUGACCUCGAAGCAGGAUAAUGCUGGGUUUAUUCCAUCGCUGAAUGAUAGCUAAAAAUAAAAAGUGGAGUUUUGUGCCGGUACAGCCUUUCUAACAAGGAUUUGAGCAAAAUCAGACCUUUUCGUUCUAAUGCUUCAAUCACAAUUCGUUGAAGGUAAAAUCAGCUCUAAGUAACCAAUUCCGUAUUGUUCCAUAGGACAUCCUCUGAUACACGGUACUUUGCUAGUUUAAACAUUUUCCUACAUAUUCGAAUUUGAAGCAUUUGCUAAAAAUACUCGCUUGUUUACGAUAAAGUGAGUGAAAUUGGUAUUUCUUGAUCGUAGGGCUCGACGUUAUCAGUUGAUCUGUUGAUAACCAGAUCUAAUGAAUGAAAUAAAAAAUUCAAGAUAAUUAUUAAUUAUACAGUGAGAUAAUAAACAGGCACCCGUCGUCACCGUUACACCAGACGUGCUGAGCGUAGAUUUUAUACUUUUUCAACAAUUAUUUUAAAGAUAUGACAUUAGAACAUGCGACAUCUUUAUCAGUCUAAGACUGGUACAGUUUUUAGGCCGAAUUUGAAUUUGGAAACGGAAAUAAACUUUUAAAUAAAAA